AGGAAACCUGAUUCUAAUAAUUAUCUUACUUAGCUGUGAUUGGUUAAAUACAUCGUGAAAGCGUUAGCUAACCCUGCAUACGUUAGCCUUCAAGACAACUCUCAAACUGGAUGCUAGUCGAAGCGAGCUGAGUGAAUGACUUGGAAAGCUUUCACACUAUGACAUCAUAAACGACGCCACAGGUUAUGGAUAGUGAAGUUCAAGAAGGUGCAUGCUCGUACGUCUGCGGGGCAGCGGAAAAGCAGAAUGACGAAUCAGCUAGGAUGUAUGUGUCCGAAGAUGAGAGCCUUCUCAAAGCUUCAGGCCUAAAUCUUGAGGAGACGCACAAUGUCAUCUCAGAGUUGAUAUACUCUCAGGACAAACUGAAGCAGCUUAAUGUGGAGCUGCAGCACUCUGUGGAGCUGGCAGACGAGCAGAAUACAUCUCUCCACACUGAGAACACGGCCCUCAGCCACCAACUGAAAAGUCUCAAGCAGGCUAUGCAUGAUGCUGAGAAGCUGGGGGAUGAGCUCGAAGAUCUCCGGAGAGCCGCCGCAGAGAUGGACGUCACUAUCAGCACCCAGGGGAACCGCAUCCGACAGCUGGAAAGAGAGAACAAGGCCCUGAAAGCCCAAUAUGAAAACAUCAACAGUGAGAUGUCUUGCAUCUUACCUGAGAGGGCCAAGAACAAGAGCAAAAUUGCAAAGUUGAGCAACGCCCUGCAGGCCCUGCAGCAACAACUGGAGGAGCACCGACUCUCCCUUGACAAGAACAGUUACGACUUGCACGAGAAAACUAUGAUCAUCGAGCAUUUGGAAAGCUCCCUUGAAGAGUACACCACCAUUGUACAGGAGCUGAAGAAGAAGAACAAACACCUCGAGGUCCAGCUGGAGGAGGCUCUGGUUUUUGGUGGAGCGGAUGCCUCAGAUGUGAAGGAGUCUCUGUCUGUGGAUGGCAACCAUCCCAUGUCCAUUGGAGAGGAACUGGGACUGCUGUCUCGCCCAUGUGUUGAGUGUUCUGAUGAGGAGAAAGUGCAUAUUGAGCAAGAGGUGGAGGAGGAGAAAGAGAUGGAACCCACCUUGGACGUUAUUGGGGAGAAGAAGAGCUCUGUUUUUGAUGUCCAGACCAAAAGCUGGUGGCGCCAGCGAGCUGAGAAUCUGCUGAAGGGGGUCCAGGCAGCUGGCACCUUCUGCCUGGGCUUCCUGUUCUCACUGGGGGUGAUGGCCUCCAUGGGGCCUGUGCUCUACGACCAUGAGGACGGGCAUGGCUACAGCGACAUCCUCUGGACCACCGCCCGCUACCUGAUGCAGCCUUACUGCACUUUCCACCACAUUGGCAUGCCGCCUGUGUAACUACCGGUGUUACCCUUGAUUUACCCUCUCCCACCUCUCCUCACGCCCCUAAUCCUCCAUCCCGUUAUGACGACACAACCCCACACUAACCCCACCUAAUUCAUCAACCCCACAUGACUGCUACUUUUACUACUCUUUAAAUAUACAUAACUGAUAACUGCUCAAAACUUUAGCUCUACACAACUCUUUAGUUCUACAUAACUAACUACUCAACUCUUUAACCAACCCUAACCCUUCUCCAUGUGCAUGACAAUAAUCCCAACCCUAAUUCUAACCCUUUUUUCAUCCCAGUCUACCUUCAGUUUAAUAUAGAAAUAAACUUUGCAUUUCUAUUCAA